CUCUCUUGUCUCUCAGGUGCAGCAGAGUCGCAGAAGACGCUCCGCAUCACGACAGAGGAAGAGGAAGAUCUCCGGCCCGGUGGCUACAUGCUCAGCUCUCUUCGGCUCUGAGAACCACAACUGUACCGAUCAGCUGGAAUCAUGGAUUUUGUGAUGAAGCAAGCGUUAGGUGGGGCCACCAAAGACAUGGGUAAGAUGCUGGGUGGGGAGGAGGAGAAGGACCCGGACGCAGCCAAGAAGGAGGAGGAGCAUCAGGAGGCGCUGAGGCAGCAGGAGGAGGAGAGGAAGGCCAAACACACCCGCAUGGAGGCAGAGAGGGAAAAAGUUCGGCAGACCAUCAGGGACAAGUAUGGGCUGAAGAAAAAGGAGGAGAAAGAGGCGGAGGAGAAAGCAGCAAUGGAGCAGGCGUGUGAGGGCUCCCUGACACGCCCCAAGAAGGCCAUCCCAAGAGGCUGCGGAGACGACGACGAGGAAGACGAGGAGAGCAUCCUCGACACCGUCCUCAAGUAUCUGCCCGGACCUCUACAGGACAUGUUCAAAAAGUAAAAAAAACCCAGAGAAAAACAAAUCAAACAAACCCGAAAUUCAGGGUCCAGUCCGGCCUGGGCUGUGGGGCAAAGGGAGGAGGGGAUCUUUGUGUCAGGGACUUUGGGAUGAAGGGAUGAAGGUUUGGGGGCGAUGAGAGGUCGGGGGACUCGACCUGACUGUUGAGCGUAGAUCUGGGGCAUGUAGAAGUCAUCGGG